AUGGAUGACCUCGGACAUGGGGCCGUCCUCGGGGUCCUCCCGAUCCUCUACAACACCGUCGCGACGCUCGUCGCGCUCUCACGCAUCAAGCGCAUGCUGCGACACAGCAAACUAACCGCGCUCACCCGCAGCGACGUAGUCAACCGCGUAAUCGAGGUCGAACUGCCCCGGUACGCCGUCCGGCCCAUGGACCGCCUAGCCGACCGCGACGCCUACUGGACCCUCUCGCGCCACCCCUCCAGCAUCCCCGGCGGCAGCUGGACCACCUUCAACUGGCGCAUGAACGUCAUCGGGCUCAACACGCAGCGCGUCGAGUACGCUGACCAGCUGCGCCAGCCGCAGGUGGAUGUAGCGUUUGAUGAGUUGGUGUGUUAUUUGUUGGAUCUGGGCGCGCAUCCGGAUCCGCAUGGGUUUCGGUUGUUGAGGUCGUCGGGGCUGUGGACGCCGGUGGGGUGUACGUUGAUGAGAGCGCCGGAUGGGGUGAAUAAUGCGUUGACGAUUGCGCCGCUGGAUGGGUCGGAUGGUCAUUUGAGUUUGGCGGUGACGUGGACAGGGCCGUGGACGACGAGGGAUCAUUCGCAUUUGCCGCCGUAUUGGGUGCGUUUGUAUCCGGCUCCGGCAGCACCGACGGCGGAAGAGGAGAAGGGGGCACUGGGCCAGAAUGAGGAAGCCGGUGGUGAUUCCGCGUCGGCAACAGAACAAAGGACCUCCGACGAACAACCCCAAAAGAAGAAGACACCCUCCUCCAGCAGCAGCAUCCGCAAAACCUCCCUCGACUCGACCCGCGCCCAAGCCGCGUCCAACGCGCGCAACCCCAUCACCUGCCAAAUAUCCGCCGACGGCAUCCUCACCGCGCUCUCCCAGUCCCAACCCGACAGCUCACUCUCCCUGCCUCUUCCAUCCGCCGACCAACCCUCCCUCAACUCCCCCGAAACCCUCUACAUCGACCACCUCCGCAUCCGCUCCUCCUACGCCUCCUCCUCCUCCUCCACCACCACCACCAACCCCUCCAUCGGCACCUGGUUCGCCAGCGCAGCCACAGCCUACGGCACCUCCAGCCAAACCAUCCUCUGGAACUACAAGAUCCUAGACUCGCUUCUGGCGUUCGCGCGGCGCGAGACAGUGCCCUGCGGCGUGUUGGUGUUGUUGGGGAUGGCGGAUGAGGAUGCGACGCCGGAGUGGGACGCCACGGGGGGGAGUCGGGCGCUGGCUAGAGCUGACCAGGCGAGACAGAUGGACGAGUUUAUGCGGCGGACGAGGGAGCAGAGGGAUGCGAUGGCUGCUGAGGCACGGAUGUCGCCGGUGCAGAGGGCGGAGGCUGCACGGGCGAGGUCGAUUAGGGAGUCGGAGGCUAUGUUGUUUGAUAUGCGCGAGCGUCACCGAGUCCAAAUGGAACGCGCAGAAGCACGCACAAUGGAAGCGCUACAAAGCCCCAAAUGGGACGCGAAACUGGUUGCCGAGCACAGUUUCCCCUGGCUUGUCCAACGCGGCGAGAUCACUUUUCCUUCUCACUCCCACGACGACGACCACCGCAACGACAACACCACCAACACCGCCAGCACUCCCAAACACAAACACACCGAAGACAUCAAAACCGCCGUCGGCCACAUGCUACACCGGAUGGUCCUCGACGGGGCGUUUGCAGCAGACCUCGGCCGGAUGCUGGACCUGUGGAAGGCCUGGGCCGACAACGCUGGCAUGCGCAAGGCAGAUCUUGCCGCGUUGCAGGAGGAUCCUGUGCUCUUUGCGUAUGCGACGCUGCUGGUGGCUGUUCUUAGGGAUGCGGCGACGGCGCUGGAGGGGACUGUGGCUAUGGAUUUGCAGGAGUGUUUGCGGUUGUGGCGGACUGUGAGGUUGGGGUAG